AUGUCUUCGACCAAAUUCGAUACGCAGCUAUACCUAUCGAGGCCUUAUCUGACUAGGAAGCAGGUUCAGAGGGCCCAGCAGAACACUAUAGGUGACCACAGGGCUUACAAUGCUAAGCGUGUUGCUAUUGUGAAGUUUUUGAGUGAUAUAUGUGUGCAGUUGCGGUUCCCUAGGCGAACGUUGGAGGCAGCAGUUUAUUUUUACCUGAGGUACCAUCUAUUCAAUAACUUUGAGACAGAACCAUGUUACAUAAUUGCCACAAGUUGUCUAGUAUUGAGUUGUAAAGAAGUGGAAACGAUAAAGAAAGUGAACGAUAUAUGCACAGUGUCUUUAUCCCUGCGAAACACCGGGAAGGUAAGUGGUGAGGUUUUAGAGAAUUUUAAGAAAAGAGUAUUUGUCAUGGAGUUGAAAGUACUGGAGUCAUGUUCUUUUGAUUAUAGGAUAAAUGAUGCUGUCCAUGUUGAUGAGUACAUUAUCAAAUUUGGGAAAACCCUGGGACUAAGCUAUGAACUGUGCCACAUUGCGUGGUGUAUAGCGUUUGAUGUCCUUAAGACAGAACUACUAUUACUGGUACCACAACACGUUAUAAGUCUGGCAUGUAUAAAGCUCGCUAGCGGUAUACUGGAUGUUCCUGUAGCGAUAGAGAAGAGCAUUCAGCAAUUCGAGAUGGAUAACCCUAUGUUUAGUGAGGCAUACUUUGAACUACUUAACUUUUACAUCAAUUCCUUUGAUUCGUGUGACUUGAAAAAUGUAUACCAAGGAGCAUCAUUGGAGCAGUUUAUGGACUUAAAGCGUAAAGCGGGACAAGAACAUGGUUUGAAGGAGCCACUAGAAAAGCAAAUUGAAAUGGAUACCUAUCUAACUACUUCAAGAACACAGCCCAUACGAGAAAGAAGAUAUGUAUUGUCACAAUCACUUGUGAAUAAUGAAGUUGGGAAGUAA